AUGACCACGCUGGUGCUACUCCUGCUGUCGCAAGGCGCGCAGGCGGCCUUACAUCAGCGCAUGCCUCAGCAGCGGUCACGGCCAGGCGCUGAGGUGUCCAUGCAGGACGCGUCUCAACCGGCUGUGACCGCGCGAGCCGCGUCUGCCGCGCUCCUUCGCAUUGGCACGGUGCCGUUCUGUCUGCUGCCGCUUUUGCCGCUCGUCUCAGACGACCUCCGACCGAUUUGCGAGCCACUGCUGAUAUGCCACGCGAGCGUGAUCAUCGCCUUCAUCGGCGGCCUUCAGCAGGCUGCGGCGAUCCAGCACGAUCUGCCGCCGUGGAUCGCAGUCCUGGCCAUAGGCAUUGCCCUCUUCGGAACGACGACCACUUCUGCCAUCGCAACCGGCCUCAUCUCAACCCACCUGGCGUUUAUCACGCUCACGGUCGCCUACCUUUUGCAGCUGCUGAUCGAGAGGACCAUCCCGCCCACGGCGAAGCAGUCCAUGCUCGCCGCCGAGCGCCAGCUGCCGAUGAUCGUGGCUAGUUUCUCUCUUGCGGUGGGCGCGGCUCUCACCUGA